AUUGCAAUUUUAUCGUAACAGGCAUUAUACCUAUUAAAAUCAACAGUAUGGAUGACUUUUCAAGUUUGGAGAAAAACAUAGUGCGUGAAUUGUCUUGUCGGUUGUGUCUGUGUACGGACGUUAUAAAACUGAAGCCUAUGAGUGGAGAAGUGAAGAGGAAAAUCAAGAAGCUCUUUGACAUUGUUAUACGAACAGACGACAAUCUACCCAAAGCAAUAUGUCAUGAUUGUUUACAACAAGUGGCUGCCAUGCAUCUUUAUGCGACGAAAGUCGAGAAAACACAGAAGUUUCUUGAUUUUCACAGAUCAAAAACCGAAGAGAAACGACCGAGCAAUGAACCACCAAAAGAAACUAAAAUCACCGCAAUGAUGGCAGCGAUGGCUGCACAAAACAUGCCUGACCCAAAUAAACUGGCAAAAAAUCAAGCAGCUAGUGUUCCCUUAUCACCUCCGGCUGAUUAUCAACAAGGCGACACGAAAGCUAACAAACAAACAAAGCUUACAAAAAAGAAAACUCCAGCUGAUAUGAAAUUUUUAGAAGCUAUGCCAUUAGAAGAAUUUGCGAAUACGGAAAAAGUAGAUAAGUCGUUACUCAAUAGUACAACCAACGCUAAUAAGCCACCAGACAAGAACGAGGAUAGUAAAAAGGGUAGAAAAGAAUCUGAUAAUCCAUUAGUAAGUGACACUCUGGAUCCUAUAGUUCUCAUAGAAGGAAAGCCGGCUAAACAAGGCCCCGCGCUUGACCGACAGAUAACGCUGUUCUACAAAAUGGAGUGUUGUAUAUGCCACGAAAAGGGUUUCCACUUUAGGUCUCUCAUGAAGCACUACAAAGAACGCCAUGGAGUUCCCGGUUACGUCACGUGUUGUGAUAAAAAAUUCCAUUAUUUUUACCCUAAGAAGAUUAUCGAACAUAUGGCAUUCCACUUGCAGCCUAACAUUUUUAUGUGUUCCAGUUGUCAUCAAAACUUCCAAACAUCGCAAGAACUAAACGAGCACCAAAGUAACGGCGGUCGUUCCGAAGGCAAGAUCGUCUGUCCUCGGUGCUCGGAACGAUACCCCACAUACCACGAGCUGGGGUGGCACGUCAUCACACACCGCUCGGACAAGUCGCAAUGCGAUUAUUGUGGAAAACUGCUAAAGCAUCAUCACAGGAAGAAGACAAUAAACCACAUGGAAGACGUAAUAUUGUGUUCCCAAUGUGUGCGAACAUUGAAAAGCAUAGAGAAGCAAGAGAAAGAAACGAAAGAAAAAGUGAAGGCAAAGAGCAUAGACGCCAUUACUCUACAGAAAUACCAAAAGUUCAGACAAGCCAUGGGAAUGGAGCUUUCAGCCGACGAAGAGGCAUCCACAGAUUAA